GACCACCUCCUUCCGUUGAAGCACGGGUUCCUCUCCUUUAGCUAAAAAUCUGUGUCAAUCGCCCUCUUCCUUCUUUAAUUGACUACAUUGACGUUCUUCAAUUGCUGGGUUACCUGCAAAAGAACGCCUAGCUUGGCCCAAGUGACUCUUUCAUUCAAUACUACAUGAAACGGAAUUGUAGCAGCCAAGCACUUCACUAUGCUUAAAAACCCUAAUUUUACAAUGAUAAGAAGAAGACUCCUUCCACUGCUCUCAACAUCUCCAUUCCUCCUCAACACCAAACCCAUUUCCAACCCCUCACCACCCCUCCAAUUCCGCUUCCUCCCUUUCCUCCGUAGUUCCAGUGGCAAUAACAACAAUGGGUCAUUGUGGCUUCAAGGUAUUAGAGGUUACAGUCUUUUGAGCUUGAACGAUUUGAGAGAUAACGUUCCAAGAAAGCAGAAGACGAGGAAGGGUCGAGGCAUUGGGUCCGGCAAGGGGAAGACUGCUGGGAGAGGUCAUAAAGGACAGAGGGCAAGAAAAGGUGUUAGGUUGGGGUUUGAAGGUGGGCAGACCCCAAUGCGCCGCCGUUUGCCUAAGCGUGGGUUCAAGAAUCCGUUCAGUCUCACUUUUCAGCCAGUUGGGUUGGGCAAAAUUGCCAAACUUAUAAACGCUGGAAAGAUAGACUCCCAUGAAUUGAUCACAAUGAAAACUCUCAAGGAUGUUGGGGCUAUAGGGAAACAGAUAAAAGAUGGAGUAAGGUUGAUGGGACGUGGUGCUGACCAGAUCAAGUGGCCAAUUCAUCUGGAGGUCUCAAGGGUGACAGUUAGAGCAAAGGAAAUUGUUGAGGCUGCAGGCGGGUCUGUCAGAAGAGUGUAUUACAACAAGUUAGGCAUGCGGGCAUUGCUCAAGCCUGAGUGGUUUGCAAAGAAGGGAAGGUUACUGCCAAGAGCAGCUAGACCUCCUCCCAAACUGAAGGAUAAAGUUGAUAGCAUCGGCCACCUUCCUGCUCCAACCAAACCUAUUCCAUUCUUCACUGAUGAAGCAGCAGCCUCUAAUGUAGCAGCGUGAAAACCAAACGAGCACUUCGUCAGUUUCACCCCCAGAGGUUUUAUAUUUAUAGUGGAAAUUGGAAUACUACCAUGAGCAAAUUUUGCCUCCUGAAAGACCCAUGUAGAAUUUCGUUUUUUAGCAUUUCGUUAAUUCCACAAAACUAAUUCACGAUGAUAGAACAAAUGCUUUUGUUGCUUCUUGAGCUUCUCCUUGUUGGUUCUUUUUGAUCAGUUGUUAACUACUUACUAGAGAAGGUGGUACAACUGAUUGGGAUAUCUUUAUCGUGUGUGGCUCAUCGUGGGAAAGUACUGAGAUAGGCAGACCCAAAAUUAAAUUUUGCGGGAAAGACUUGAUCAUUGGUUUAAUGCCCACGCAAAACUUCAAUACAAACCCAUUAGUUUCGUACUCUGGCUUUCACCAGUACAUGCACAAGAUUUUUGAAAAUCACCAGUAAAUGCUACUUGGUCACUAUGAAAGUGAUUGGUCAUGAGAGUUCUAUUGCAGUUUGCAGAAAACUUAGAUGAAACGUUGAUUUAGAACACGUAGAUGUCAUUUUAUCAUCCAGACAGUUUUAAUCUUGAAUGUCUCCUACAAACCGAUAAUGUCUUAAAACAAGAUGUCCUUUUAGGCAACCAUUUUACUAAAAAGCUUCUCAUAAUCCAGAUGUUUGUUUUUGUCUUUGAGAUUGUUCCAGCCAUGACUAGUGACACUCUUCUGCAACGGAGGAAUGCAGGGUUGGUGUUGAAAAUACAUGUGUAUGUGUCUGAUUGUUACACUGAGACCAAAAUAUAAAUCAGCAUCUGCG